GUGAGUACUCUUUGGCUGCAGAGGGAAAGAUGUAGUGGAGCCGAACCUCUGUUGGGAACUUCAACCCUCUCUGGGAGUGGGAGAAGAAAACCCUGGAUCCGGGGCCACCGCGGUGUUCCCAGUCUUAAGAGGUAUUUGGUUUCUUCAAGAAUUUUUCCUGACAGUCACUUAAAAAUGGCAUCCCAACAAGAAAUAAUGAAUGACCAGAGAUUUCGACGGGUUGCAAAAGACCCAAGAUUUUGGGAAAUGCCAGAGAAAGAUCGAAAAAUUAAAAUUGACAAGAGAUUUCGAGCAAUGUUUCAUGAUAAAAAGUUCAAGUUGAAUUAUGCAGUGGAUAAAAGAGGACGCCCAAUCAACCACAGCACUACAGAAGACUUGAAACGUUAUUAUGACCUUUCAGAUUCUGAUUCAGAUCUGUCUGAUGAAGAUAACAAAGCAUUAAGCCAAAAGGAAGUGAAGAAGAAAAAAUCCCAGACUAAAAGUAAAAUGGAAUCCAAAAAUCUAGUUGUGGAGAAGAAGAAAGAAAUUAAGAAAGUUAGUCAAAAGGACUCUAGAAUAAAAGAUGAUUUAGGUAACUCUGACAGAAUUCAGGAAAUGAAGACUGUAUAUAAAACUAAGAAGAUAGAUUCCAAAAUAAGUCCCAACAAAAAUAGCGAAGAAUGUAAACAAAAGGCAAAAUGGAAAAAAAACAUUGUUCAACAUAGCACUGACUUAAGUCCCAAAGGGAAACUGAAAACAGACUUGGGCACCUCUGAAAUUGUGGAAUUUCCCAAGGCACAGUAUUCUGAGACAAGAGGAAAAAUGCAAUCAGUAGUUCCACCCAAACUGGCAAGUGAUAGUAAUGAAAAAUCAAAAGGUGGUAAAUUGUAUGAAAAAGAUUAUCUGGAGGAAGAUUUAGAAAGUACUAGUGAAAUAGGAUGUGAUGAAGAAUCUGAAGAUGAAACAGCAGGCAUUGGCAGUGAUUCAACUGGUGAUGAUGACAACGACAGUGAUGAUGAAAAUGAUGACAAUGAAGAUGAGAGUAGUAGUGGUAAUGAUGAUAAUGAUGACGACGACAAUGAUGAAGAAGAAAGUGACAGUGGUCCUGAUCUAGCCAGGGGUAAAGGAAAUAUAGAAACUAGUUCUGAAGAUGAAGAAGAUAUGGAUGAUUACCUUCCACAAGAAUCUGGUUUUGAACAUGCUUGGAGAGAAUUAGAUAAGGAUGCUCCUCGUGCUGAUGAGAUUACACGACGAUUAGCAGUUUGUAACAUGGACUGGGAUAGAUUAAAGGCAAAAGAUUUGUUGGCCCUGUUCAAUUCAUUUAAACCUAAAGGAGGUGUUGUAUUUUCUGUAAAGAUUUAUCCAUCAGAGUUUGGAAAGGAGAGGAUGAAGGAAGAGCAAAUUCAAGGACCAGUAGAGUUAUUAAGUAUUCCUGAAGAUGCCCCUGAAAAGGACUGGACUUCUAGAGAAAAAUUGAGAGAUUAUCAAUUCAAACGAUUGAAGUACUAUUAUGCAGUAGUAGAAUGUGAUUCUCCUGAUACAGCCAGUAAAAUUUAUGAGGAUUGUGAUGGCCUGGAAUUCGAAAGUAGUUGUUCAUUCAUAGAUCUAAGGUUUAUACCAGAUGAUAUUACUUUUGAUGAUGAGCCCAAGGACAUAGCCUCAGAAGUGGAUUUAACAGCAUAUAAACCAAAAUAUUUCACAUCUGCUGCAAUGGGAACGUCAACGGUGGAGAUCACUUGGGAUGAAACUGAUCAUGAACGAAUUACAACACUCAACAGGAAAUUUAAAAAGGAAGAGCUUUUGGAUAUGGAUUUUCAAGCCUACUUAGCUUCCUCUAGUGAAGAUGAAGAAGAGCUAGAACUACAAAGUGAUGAUGAAGUCAAUGUGGAAGAUGGGAAAACAAAGAAGAGUCAAAAGGAUGAUGAAGAACAAAUUGCUAAGUAUAGGCAACUCUUGCAAGUUAUACAAGAAAAAGAAAAAGGCAAAGAAAAUGAUAUGGAAAUGGAAAUUAAGUGGGUUCCAGGUCUUAAAGAAAAUGCAGAAGAAAUGGUCAAAAACAAAUUGGAAGGAAAGAAUAAACUGACACCUUGGGAACAGUUUUUAGAGAAGAAGAAAGAGAAAAAAAGACUGAAAAAGAAACAGAAGGCUCUUGCUAAAGAAGCCAGUGAAGAUGAACUUCCCUCUGAUGUUGAUUUAAAUGACCCAUACUUUGCUGAAGAAGUUAAGAAAAUAGGCAUAAAGAAAAAAUCAGUGAAAUCUACAAAGGGUGGCACAACUCCAGAAGAAGAAAGUGAAAUAGAAAGACAAAAGGCUGAAAUGGCUUUGCUCGUGAUGGAUGAGGAGGAGGAAAGCAAGAAGCACUUCAAUUACAACAAAAUUGUAGAGCACCAGAAUCUGAGCAAAAAGAAGAAGAAACAGCUUAUGAAAAGGAAAGAAUUAAUAGAGGAUGAUUUUGAGGUAAAUGUUACGGAUGCACGGUUUCAGGCAAUGUAUACAUCCCAUUUAUUCAAUUUGGAUCCUUCAGAUCCUAGUUUCAAGAAAACAAAAGCUAUGGAAAAAAUCCUUGAGGAGAAAGCCCGGCAGAGAGAACAAAAAGAACAAGAACAUACUCAAGCAAUAAAGAAAAUGGAGAGAGAAAAUCAAAAAGAAUCACAAAAAAGGUCCAUUGAUCCUGCCUUGUCAGUGCUGAUUAAAUCUAUAAAAAACAAAACAGAACAGUUUCAAGCAAGAAAGAAACAAAAAUUCAAGUAGCUUAACUGUAUGGUUUUCUUUUUGGAUUAAGAAUAUGAUUUCCUAAAGUAUGCAGAAUGGUAGGAAGAGUAUAUUGAGGGAACAAAGAAUAGAAGAAACCUUACUAUGAUCGUUGUAGAAUUUCUUUGUAUAUAAUGCUUUGAAUUCAUUAUGCAUGUUUGACAGAUUUUCACUGUAUAUUUCCAAUGGUUAAUCAUAAUUAAUUCAAGAAUUAGGCCAAAUAUAGGGUUUAUCAAAUUUUUGUUUAAUGAAACUUAGUUCACCCUAAAAAAAAGUACUGUUAGCUUUUUUAAUGACUGUUUGAAAUUGUAAAGAAUAGAACAGUACCUGUUACUCAGUCUUAAGUCUGAAUAAGAGUUAGGAACAAUUUGAAAAUAAUGUGUGUGCAAUACAUAAUUUCACUGGAAGCAGGAAGCAGAUUAGAUUUGUAUUAGAAUAUUUAUUUUUCUAACCAAAAUGGAUAGGAACUAGUAGCUUUCUCUGUUUGGCCAUAUUUAUCAUAGUUAGCCCAUAAGAUUAUUUGCAAGUAAAGGUAAAAUAUUUUUAUUGUUUAGGUUUGAUCUAUUGAUUCCCUCUGUGAACUUUCCAGUAUUUAUCAUCACUAAAAGAUCAUGGCUCUUAAUUUUCUUAUAAGUAUAGUAUUAAUAUGCUUAUUAGUAGUUGUAUAAUUAUAUUUUAUUUGUGUGUGGAAAAAGGUUUGUUUUAAAAUGUUAAAUUAUAGCUUAGGGUUUGCUCAAAACUAGUGGUCCCAAUUUUUUGGACUUUUGAUUUUUUUUUUGGUUUUUAGUCCUUUGCUUUUAAGUCACUGCAUCUAACUGCAAAUCUCAUUUUACUAGCCACACUGAGCGCUUAAGUUUUUUAUGUCCUUGUCUGUUUCCUCAAGAUUUGAUAUUUUUCUAGGUAGACAAAAAUGAGACUAGCAUUAUCUUACCCUGCUUAUAAUAAACAUCUUACACCAAGGAUGUUAGAUUCCCAAAAAAAUAAAUGCUGUAGUUAGACUCAAAAUUGAAAAAAGAAAAGAUUAAAAAAAAAAAAAGGCUACUGUCACUAUUUAUUUGAGUUAUUGUGGUUAUUACCAGGACCAUAGAGCACAAGCCAGUAUUGUCACAUCUAGAAGAAAGUUGUGAGUCAAUACAACUUAGAGUUGUGAAUCUCUAGUUUUUCAAACAUUUGUCAAAAGUUUUGGGGACCAGCUUGAUACCCAUUGUCAUAACUACUUUCUGAAGGGAAUUUGUUAGAUACAUGAGCAGAAGAGUCAUGACUGUGUCUAUAUUGUCUAUGGAAUAAGCCAAUAUUAGGUAACAUGCUGGUUUGUCUGCUCAUUAGUAUCACUUAGAAUGUCUUAAAAAUUCCUGUGGUCAGUAAGCCUCCUAGACCUAUUAAAUUAUAUGUGUGGAAUAGGAUCCAGGCAUGAUUAUUUUACAAAGUUUGCCAGGUAAUUCCAAUGCACAGCCAAGAUUGAGGACCACUACUUUAGAAGAAAAAAAGACCAAACUAUUUUGGGUUUUGGUCUGCAGAUUAGAGGUUUAAAUAAAUUCAUUAUCAACUCUAUUAGCUCUUGUUGCUAAACAUCAGAUCCAAGCACAGUGACUUCAAGCAACAAACAUUUAAUAUUUCCUAGGAAUCUAUGAGUUGACAGGUCAGGUAUAGGCAAGUUUAGCUGCUGAACUGGAACUUUUGGGCAGUACAUAUAUAUGGGUCCUCAGCUGAGAAAACUAGACUAUCAGGGGAUCACUUAUCCAGUAGGUUCAUACAGGCUUCUUGUUUGUUUGGUUUUUUUUUUUUUUAAGAUUUUAUUUAUUUAUACAUACAAC